AUGCGGAGAUUAAAAUUGAAAGGUAUCAAAAUUGUCCAAUCUGACUCUACUGCUAACAAUGCAAGUGGAUGUGAUGUUGGUGGUGCUACAACAUCUAAUUUUUGCGGCAGUAAUCCAUCAAACCAUGUUGGUUCUACAAGGUCUGCUCCAUUACCUAGUGUUACUCCACAUAGCUCUAUUCCGUCAUCCUCAGAUGAUUCAAACCUUAAUGAUCAAGUUGCAACCAGUAAUACAUGCACAAGAUUAGAUAAUCUUCAGCCAAUCAAUGAAGCCAGUGAAUUGAAUUCAGUUGAUAAUCAAGGACAACAAAGAAAAAGGGGUAGAACUACUAUAAAAGAGUUAUGGACAUUACCUCCUCAAGAAAGGAUUUUAGUAAGUUCCAAUCAAUUAGGACAACCAGUUGGACCCGAAGCACAAUUAUUGGCUGCAUUUCUAGGUAUGCUUGCUCGAUCAGGCCAACAUAUUGGCCUCCAAUAUGAGAGUUGGCAUAAAGUACCAAAAACAUUGAAGGAUGAAUUGUUUAAAUUUAUUGAGUUAAGAUUUUCCCUUCAAAUUUCAAGAGAGUAUGUGCUCAAAUCUUUGGGGAAGAAAUGGAGGGAUUAUAAGCAUGAUUUGAAAACAAAACAUUUCAAACGAGAAGAAAGUCUACAGGCGAACAAGGACAAACAUUCAAGUGCUACUAUUCGAUGGCAAUGGGAACAAUUAGUUGACUUUUGGUAUUCAAAGAAAGGAGAGGAUUCUGAAAAACUUGGGGUUGCUAGUAGAAAACAACAAAAAUAUACACACACUUGUGGAUCGAAGAGUUUUGCGAGAAAGGAAAAAGAAAUGGUAAGUAACUAUAAACUUGUUUAUAUUUGUGAUUCAAACUAA